CAGACGGAAUAGUAGUUGGGUAGUGGAUAUAAAGUGUCAUAUCUGUGCUGUGUUGUGUUGUUGUGUAAAAGACUUUGUUUUUGUGAUCAUAAAUUAAAUUAAAUUUUUAAUAUAAAAAUGCCACAGCAAUGAACAUGCAAAAUAUCAACACUAGAAUCUGGAACACAUAAAAAAAAUAUCCAGUCAGUGAAAAAUGAACAACUCAUUUAAGCAAACAUAAUUAAUUAAAUCAAACUGUGAAUUAAAUAAGUGGAACGACAAAUAGACUUGCUUCACAUAAUUUUUUCUUCAUUUUUCGCGUGGAAAAUUAUACACUGUGAGUGAGGUGUGAAGGCAGACAUACAGAAUAACCAUUAAAAUGAAUGAAAUGAAUAAAAGGUUGUAUCCAGUGCUAAUUGCAUUACUCACAAUUACUGUGUUGAAUAAUAAUAAUAAUGUAAAAGCAAUUGGUUGCCCCGAGAAGUGUACGUGUCAACAGAGUAUCGUGAAAUGCAUUCGACAACAAUUAAAAUCUAUCCCUGAAGUGCCGGCACAAACGACUACUAUACUAGAUCUUCGUUUCAAUCAUCUGAAAGAAGUGCCGUCAAAUGCAUUCAAAGAUAUGAAGCAACUACAUUCCAUUUUCUUAAAUGAAAAUCAAAUUACAACAAUUCAGUCGGAAGCUUUCAGUAAUCUACCAGCAUUGAGAUAUCUGUACCUUCAUCAAAAUCACAUAAGGAAUGUUGCAGCGGAUGCAUUUGUCAAUCUAGUGAGAUUGGAAAGACUACAUUUGUAUGGAAAUAAAAUUCAACAACUCCCAUUUGGCGUAUUCGACAAUAUGAAUUCACUAAAAAUGCUACGUCUAGAUAGCAAUUUAUUAGAAUGUGACUGCUCCAUGAUGUGGCUUGUGAAGCAUUUACAGCAAGCGAGGAAUCAUCUGAAUGCAUCCGCCAGUUGUAAAUCACCAAAAGUAAUGGAGGGAAAAAAUCUACUCGAAAUGAAUGAAGAUGAAUUGCAUUGCAAGAAGCCAGAGAUAUUGCAAGACCCGAAUGAUGUUGAAGUUGUUUUCGGCUCAAAUGCUGUAUUUAAAUGUAGUGCCGAUGGUGAUCCCCUUCCAGAUAUUAAAUGGAUGUUAAAUUCAAAUGAAAUUAAUUCCGAAAAUGAUACAAGAGUUCGAAUUUCUCCAGACGGAACGCUUCAAAUUGAUAGAAUUGAUGAAAGGGAUCAAGGAAUCUACACAUGUAUGGCGAAAAAUUCAAUCGGUGAAUCAAUCUCAAGGGAAGCUCGCAUGACUAUUCGAACAAGUUCAAAUACAAAUGAGGAAAGUGUAGACGAAGCAAGUAGACCGCAAUUUGUGCAAGUACCCGCUGGCCAUGUCUACAGUAACGAUGAAGCCGAUUUCAUUGUGAUGCACUGCAUUGCUUCCGGUAUUCCCCAACCGCAUAUUUCAUGGAGCUUUAAUAAUCAGCCUCUACAUGAGAACGAGCAUGUUCACAUUUAUGACAAUGGUACAUUAGUGAUUUCACAUCCAGCUGAAGAACACGAAGGAAAUUAUAAAUGUGAGGCGACAAAUGAGCUUGGAACAAUAUCAACUGUUGCAAAUUACAAAAUUAAUGUACCCACAAUAAUAACAUCUCCUGAGGAUAAACGAGAGAAAACCGGAACCAAUGUGGUUUUGUUUUGUAAUGCUGAUAGCAAACCGGAACCAAAUAUUUUCUGGUCAAAGGAUGAUCAUCCACUAAAAUUCUCAAGCCGCAUUUAUCUCUCCACGGAUAAUAAAACUUUGAACAUUGACCACAUUAAGGAAUCUGAUGCAGGACAUUAUGUGUGCGUUGCUGAGAAUAGUCUCGGCUCAGAUGAGGCGUCUGCGAAUGUUGAAGUUGUAAAUCCUUAUGGACCACCUGUUUUAGUAUACGAACCGUAUGAUAUUGAGGCUUUUCCAGGAACGACAAUUGAAUUGCCAUGUGGAGCUGAGGGAGAUCCAGUUCCACCAUCAAAAUGGAAGAAAGACGGUCGAACACUAACGCCAUCAUUAAAGUACAGCUUCUCGUCAGCCGGUAGCCUUUUCAUUGCUAAUGUAAAUGAUUUCGACUCCGGACGCUAUGAAUGUACCGUGACGAAUGAUUUUGGACGUGUGACAGCAUCAUGUUUCGUUACUGUUAGGAGGAAAGAAGAAUUGGCACUUGGCGAUAAAUUUGUUCGUGUCGCACUCUCAGAAGCAAGGAAUGAGGUUGAUGCCGCUAUCAAUCAAACGGUUGCAUCACUUUUCAAAGAUACAGCAGCGCCAAAGCAGCAAAGUGAUUUAUUUAAACUCGUUAGAUUUCCCACAGGACCCGCUCGAGAACUUGCAAGAGCAUCUGAAAUUUAUGAGCGUACUCUCGUAAAUAUACGUCGUCAUGUGAACGCCGGAAAGAAUCUUACAGCAAAUGCUACAGACAUUUUCAACUAUGAUGAUUUGCUAUCAUCAGAAUAUUUGGAUUUAUUGGCACAAUUAUCAGAUUGCACAGCACAUCGUGUCACACCAAAUUGCACUGACAUUUGUUAUCAUAAUAAAUAUAGGACUAUCGACGGCACAUGCAAUAAUUUUGAAAAUUCAUUAUGGGGAACAUCGUUGAGUGCAUUUAGACGUUUAUUACCUGCGAGAUAUGAAAAUGGCCUUAAUGCACCCGUUGGAUCAACAAAUGCUAUGUACAAUGGAUUUAAAUUGCCAAGUGCACGUCUCAUAUCGACCACAUUAAUCUCUACAGAUGUCGUUGAACAGGAUAUGGAAAUUACGCAUAUGGUUAUGCAAUGGGGACAAUUUCUCGAUCACGAUCUCGACCAUUCGUUACCGUCUGUCAGUUUAGAAAGUUGGGAUGGUGUUGAUUGUAAAAAGACAUGCGAUUUUGCUCCACCUUGUUUCCCAAUGGAAGUUCCACCAAAUGAUCCACGCGUCACUAACCGUCGCUGUAUAGAUUUUGUAAGAUCAAGUGCAGCUUGUGGAUCAGGAAUGACGUCAGUAUUCUUUGGCAAGCUUCAACCACGUGAACAGAUUAAUCAAUUAACAGCUUUCAUCGAUGCAUCACAAGUUUAUGGACAUUCUCAGGAAUUCUCACGGGACUUACGUAAUAUUUCAUUAGAAGGUGAAGAUAAUGGAUAUUUACGUGAAGGUGUUCACUUCCCAAAUCAAAAAUCAAUGUUGCCAUUUGCAUCGCCAACAGAUGGUAUUGAUUGUCGAAGAAGUUUGGAGGAAAGUUCAGUAAAUUGUUUCACAGCUGGCGAUGUUCGUGUGAACGAGCAAACUGGAUUACUUUCAAUGCACACGAUAUGGAUGCGAGAACAUAAUCGAAUUGUAAAAUAUUUCAAUGAAAUAAAUCCACAUUGGACGGGUGAGCAGACUUAUCAGGAAGCUAGAAAAAUUGUCGGAGCAAUGAUGCAGCACAUUACAAUGCAAUGGUUGGGACACGUUAUUGGAAGUGACGGAAAGACACUUCUUGGAGAAUAUCAGGGCUACGAUUCGAACAUUAAUCCAUCAAUUUCAAAUGAAUUUGCUACGGCUGCUUUCCGAUUUGGACAUUCAUUAAUUAAUCCUGUCUUGCAUCGAUUAGAUUACAAUUUUGAGCCAAUUGAACAAGGACAUUUACCAUUGAGAAAUGCAUUUUUCGCUCCAUGGCGUCUUGUUUAUGAAGGUGGCGUUGAUCCUAUUAUGCGUGGUUUAUUUACAAUGCCUGCCAAAAUAAAGAAGCCUGAACAGUCACUCAAUUCAGAUCUGACAGAGCACUUAUUUACUGUUGCUCAUGCCGUUUCACUCGAUUUAGCAGCAAUGAAUAUACAGCGUGGACGAGAUCAUGCACUUCAUAGCUAUAUGGAUUAUAGAAAAUUGUGCAAUUUGACAACGUCAACAACAUUCGAGGAAUUAACUGAUAUCACUGAUGAGCAUGUGAGAGAGAAAUUAAAGAAGCUUUAUGGACAUCCGGAUUCUAUCGAUUUAUGGGUCGGUGGAAUAUUAGAGGAUGUAAUGCCAGGUGCUCGUGUCGGUCCACUCUUCCGGUGCAUCAUUGCUGAUCAAUUUAAGAGAUUAAGAAAUGGUGACCGAUUUUGGUAUGAAAAUCCAUCCGUUUUUAAGCCAGAACAAUUGGCACAAAUUAAGCAAACAUCAUUAGCACGAGUCUUGUGUGAUAAUGGUGACAAUAUAACACGAAUAACACGAGAUAUUUUCACUUUACCAUCCCAUCAAGGCGGUUAUGUCAAUUGCAAGGAUAUUCCAAUGAUUUCAUUACGUGUAUGGACAGACUGCAGUGACUGUAGUCAUCGUGCCGCAUAUAAUCUCGACAUUACACAAUUACCCAGACGUAAUCGAUUCAGACGUGACUUGAAAAUGGUCGAUAAUAAAAAUGAUAAAAAUUUUGAACUAAAUUCAAUUGAAUACAAUAACAUUCAUCAUCAUGACGAUGAGGAUGUCCAUUUUGUUAGCAUCGAUAAUGAUUACUUUGACAUGAAUGAAGAGCGCAUUGAGGGACUCGAAAAUCUGAUUGAAUCAUUCCAAAAAACACUCAAGAAGAUGCGACGUGAGAUUCGUGGAUUGAAGCAAACCAAUAAUGAACUCAUUCAGAAUCUAAAUAUGACCCAGCAACAACAUGACCAGCCACAUAGAAAGAAAUAUCACGAUGAUGAUGAUGAGGAUUUCAUUAGUAAUAGCAACAAUAAAGAUAAUCGAAAUAAUAAUAAUUUGAAAUCAUUGAAGCAUCAUCUUCAAUGUGUAGAUAAAAAAGGAAUAAAUCGAUUAAAUAAUGAAAUUUGGAUGGAGGAUGACUGUACAAGUUGUUUAUGUCAGCAUCAUCAAAUAACAUGUACCAUUGAAAAAUGUCCCGAUAUAACGCUCAAAUGUGAAAAUGGUUUAAUAUUUGGCAAAAGGAUUGGAAAGUGUUGUCCCGCAUGUAUUGAGCAGAAAAAUGAGCAAAUUUCAAUUGACGAGACCACAAUCAUGAGUAACGUGACAAAUUCUCGUUAAUUACACGAUAAAUAUUGACACAUCAAAUUUAAUUUUACAUCAUUGUUGUUAUCAUAAGUUUGGCAUUAAUUGAACGAAUUACGCUACAUUGUUGGAUUUAAUUAAUGAAUUAUGGUGAUGAUAAUGAUGGCAUUAAAAUGAGAAAUUACAAUAAUUCAAAAAUAAAAUUUUCUUGCAAUAUAAAAAAAGGAUAAAUACUUAAUAAUAUUUUCAACAUUCUAAUGAUGAAAUAAAUAAUAAGAGUUAAAUGGAAAUUAGCAAUUGAAACGAGAUUAAGGAUUCAUGCAUUUUUUUCUGUCACAUUCUUAUGAGUUUAUCAAUAAUGUCAAUCAAUUACUUAUCAAUGAAUCUUUUUUGAAAUUUAUUAGUAAGAAUAGCGACUCCAAAUGACAAUUUCUUUUGUAUAGUUUUGAACAAUGAAAAAUAAAAGUUGAAUAAAAUUUUAAAAAUCUU